AAGCAUAUAACAAAAGGCAAAUUUGAUCCUCGACAAGCAAAAAGGGGAAAACGCAGUCGUCUCAAAUGAUUGUGAGUCUGAGAGGCGAAACUCCAGCGAUUUUAACCUUCACCCAUUUCUUGGCGACUUCACUUUCUCUUUCGGCUGCCUUGAGUCGUUAAGAACCCACCAUAGUCAAGAUCUCCAAAUCACGUUCUUCCGCCCCCAACCCCCUUCUCUCUCUCCUCUCCCGCUCCGUUGACCUAGAACAUCCGCCCGGAGAACACCAAAUCACUUUCUCCAAGUCCCAGAUCCGUUCGUCUCCAGCCCCAAUUCCACAAGUCAAAGAUCUGAGAAGAUCCAGUUCAGGUUCUGGGGUUUUUGACUGAUUGAUUGAUAAUUAUUUGCUGCAUCCUGUUGGGAGUUUUGGUUUUCGGGGGUUCUGGAACGCUUUGGGCACUGUUUGUAGAUCUGGGUUUAAUAGUAUUCGUCCUUCUGUUGCUUGAUUUGGUAAAUUGGAAAUGUCGAUUUUACCGAAGGGGGAUUCGAUUGAAAUCCGAGAGGUGUGGAACGAUAAUCUCGAUGAAGAGUUUGCUCUGAUUCGUGAUAUUGUUUUGAAGUAUCCGUAUGUGGCUAUGGAUACUGAGUUUCCGGGCGUGGUUCUUCGCCCGGUGGGGGAUUUUAAGAACAUCAAUGAGUUUAACUACAAGACUCUGAAGGACAAUGUUGAUAUGUUGAAAUUGAUUCAGUUGGGUCUCACUUUCUUUGAUGAGAACGGCAACCUUCCCACUCUGUCGACCGAGAACCAGUACAUUUGGCAAUUUAACUUUCGCGAGUUCAACGUGAGCGAAGACAUAUAUGCGAGCGAUUCGAUUGAGUUGUUGCGUCAGUGUGGGAUUGAUUUCAAGAAGAACAAUGAGAAGGGGAUUGAUGUGAAUCGGUUUGGCGAGCUUUUGAUGUCUUCAGGGCUUGUAUUGAGCGACAAUGUGUAUUGGGUUACGUUCCAUAGUGGGUACGACUUUGGAUACUUGCUUAAGUUGUUGACUUGUCAGAGUUUGCCUGACACCCAGAUGGAGUUCUUUAAUCUGAUCAAGGUUUACUUCCCAGUGUUGUAUGAUAUCAAGCAUCUGAUGAAGUUCUGCAACAGCCUUCACGGUGGCUUAAACAAGCUUGCAGAACUGUUGGAAGUGGAACGAGUUGGUGUGUGCCAUCAAGCAGGCUCCGACAGUCUGCUUACAGCAUGUACAUUUAGGAAGUUGAGGGAUACUUUCUUCAGUGGCUCAGCGGAGAAGUACUCCGGUGUGUUGUAUGGUCUCGGCGUUGAGAAUGGACAGAGUAGCUAAUUGAAAGAAAGUAGUUGUCGAAAGAUUGAUGAAUAUUUGUAGACUAUUUAAGUGCGAGACACGUAGUUUCGCUGUACACUUCGCAAAAGAAUUGUUGUUGUAGUUUUAACUUCUGCUCUUUGCUUUGCUUGUAACUGAGACCUUAACUGGUUCUCUGCAGCUUUGAGUUUCUUGUAUAUUAUUGCAGUUAGUGUUUCAAUAAAAGUUUAUGAAGUUUCCCUUC